AUGAGCAUCAUCGCCGCCGCCGCAACUACUGAUCUCAACAACCAUUCCGACACGUCAAGCGGCGACGAGGCGGAUCGCCGCCGUGGAACGGAGAAACCCGCCGCCGCUGUGGGCCGGUCCUACGAGUGCACGUUUUGCAAGCGUGGGUUCACUAACGCGCAGGCCCUGGGAGGCCACAUGAACAUUCAUCGCAAGGACAAAUUGAAGGCCAAGCAAAAAUCUAAUAAUAAUAAUAUUCCUCUUCAACAACAACAAGGAUCUUCACCCUCAAGCUACCUCGUACAAAUUCCGACCGACCAACAACGUUUUUAUCCGUCUCCGAGGCCACAAGUACAACACGUGGGGUACCUGUUUUACCCUAGCUACCACCAGCAAGUUGUCGGUCCAAACGACGGCGUUUUGAAGGCGGAGAGUUUAGGGCUGCAUGGGGAUUUAAAUUUAAUGGGUGCGAAUCUUACACUGAGGAUUGGUCCUCAAAGGGAAGAAGAUGGGGGAGAAAGGCUAAGCAAGAAGGAAGAAUUGGAGGAAAAUGAUGAAGUGGAUUUGGAGCUUCGACUCGGCCAUCACAAGUAUUCCUAA